AUGGUUUUAGCAAUAUAUUUUGCUUUGCAUAUAUUUUCACAAAUGAAUCCAACACGAUCAACCAAUGUUCGGCGACAUGAGGAAUCAAGAUCUGCUCGGAAUGAAGACCAGGAUGUUCAUUCAAUUUCACGCUCAAGGACCGAAGAAGAAAAGCAAAGACGUAGACGUGAAUGGCAACGGCAGCAAGAGCGAGAAAGGCAACAUGAAAAAUUAAAACAGCAAAAAAUUUUAGAAUAUGAAAGAAGACGUGCACAAGCUUUAGGAUAUGCUGAACCAAAAUCUUUAGAUCGUAGUCGAAGCAAAAGCAGUAGCAAGUCUCCUUCACAGUAUCGGCAUAGAGAAAAAUCUAUGACAAGUGUUUCCAAAUCUGCUACGCUGUUUGAAAAAAUAGAUGGAUCUACAAGUGGAACAGUUCCAUUAUUCAAAGGUCCUGAGGGCAUACAAAUUAGCACUACUGAACUACGUCGAAUUAAAGUUGAUAUUCGCAGAAAUAUUCCUACAAAAGGACCUAUUUCCGAACUACAACGAAGUAUACUUAAUGCUGAAGAAGUGGUCCUCAAAAGAAGAGAGGGAGAAGGAUCUAAACCAAUAUUCGACAGAGAAGAAAUUAAGAAAGCUGCUCAAAUUAAUGAAGUGGAGGAGCGACGUACAGUCGUAGCUGUGGAUGGAGAACAAUCAGUUUCGACCAGCAAGCCACAGACUUCCAAGAAACAUUCUUCAUCAUUGAGUCCUACAUAUCAUUCCAGAUAUGUAUCUUCCCAUCAAUCCAGAUAUCGUACAGAUUCAAAACAUCAUGAUAAUAGGACAGAAUUUCAUGAUCAUCAUAAGAAUAUCGGAAGAAGCAGCAUAGAGAAGCAUAGAGAGUAUAAAGAUAAAUAUACAGAAAGAGAUGCACAUAAAUACAACACUAAUCGUUCGCGUUCUAGAGAACGGGAUUCGCGCAAGUCACAUUCCAGGUCACUCAUGGAAGAAAGAUCUUAUCGCGACAGAUAUCGUGACAGAUCGAAUGAACGUUCUCGUGAAAGAAGAGAUAGAGAUAGAGAUAAAGAUAGAGAUAGAGAUAGAUCUAGAUCUAGAGAACGAAGGGAUGUAGCACCACAUUAUAUCGAACCACCAAUACAUGUGCCUAUCUAUUAUAAUCUUCCUCCAAGACCAAUUGUAGUAAGCUCUAUGGUCCCAUUUAGAGGACAGGUUCCUCCUAUGGGUAGAGGUCGACAUUCUGCUCUAAUGGCACCAGUUAGACCAUUCCCUCCACGAUUUAUUCCUCCAGAUAUGUACAGAUUGGGACCUCCACCUCCAAACCCAAGAUAUGGACCAUUUUAAAAGUGAAACAUAUUCUUUAUGCUCAUCAUAUUUUACAUUUAAAAUCUAUAUGUUGAAUGAUAUGGAAUUGAUGAGAGGAAAAAAAUUAUUCACACAGCUGAUUAAUUAUUUACAAAUUUCAAGAUUGUAAGAUUGGUCAAGAAGUAAAUACAUAAGAAAUUGUUACAGAUUGUAUAGGUUCAAUCAGACCAUAUUCUAUCAAUACUAUAUAAUAUGUAAAAUAUUUUAAAAAUAGACAUAAAGAGGCGAUUCCUACAUCAUCAAAAAACAAAUGACUAUUAAUGUUAUUGUUCUUCUUGAUGAAAACUCGAUUAAAAUUGGUUAUUCAAAAAAGCUAAAAAUAAUAGUUCCUUGAACAUGUACAGCACGUGUAGGUUACAUCUAUUUUCUCUGAAUAGAUUUGUCGUAAAAGAUUCAGAGUAGUAAAGAAACUAAAGAAAAAUCAUAUAUAAAUAAUAUAAAGGAUUGCUGUCUUGAACAUCACGACAUCAUAUGAGAUUUUUACUAUCCAGGAAAAUAUUCAACUUUCAGCACUAUUAUUUUUGGUUUAAUAUAAAUCCGAUUUUAAUUUAAUAAAAAAAUAGGGACAAUAAGAAAUAGAAAUAUAAAUAGAAAAAAAUAAGAAUAAGGCAUAUACAUUUUAUAUUAUUAUAGUAAUAUACACAUUUUAUGUUAUUAAACAUCAUUGUUUAUUCUG